GACCAACCACGCCCGAAAAGGCUCUACCCCAGCCUUGCCCUGUUCCCUCCCAAGCAUCUUCUAAAUAAGAGAGCUGUUCUAUCUCAUCCUUGACUCACCUGCCGAGACAAUCUCUCACAAUCGCUCCCAUAAGUCUAUAUAUACUUUCAUCGGUUAACAUCACAUUCGUUCGACGACCAGACGUUACGCCAUUGACCUUGCAUUCGACAAGUGAAUCUGUACAUUAAGAACCAUGUCUCUCAAACGCAAAGCUUCGUUCCCAACCCUUGAAUUACAAAAUGGCACCUCGGCAUCUAUGAGAGAGACAUGGAAGGAUAAUCAGAUCCCUCAACACCUUAACAGUCGCACACGAAAGCGGUUCAGGAACGACCGCCCAGAGGAUGAAGUUGUAUAUGAAAACACACUUCGUUGGCUGUUCACAGCCCAACAGCAACAGAGCUCGGUACCCCUUGCGUGCGAGGAAGAACAACCGGAAUUUGAGUCCACCUUAUCCCCUGAGACAGUCGACCCGCGCCAGCAGACGUUACUCAGAUUCUUCCGUCCCUGUCAAUCAUUCCCCAACAAAUCGUCCCCGAACACUUUCAUGCAGAAAGCUAGCGAUGCUCCAUUCUUCCGCGCGGCACCCGUGCACCUCCACAACAUGCAAACGUCUUCUCUAGCUCAGUCAACGGGUAGCAGUGCAUUCAGCUCUGCUUCCCAGACCACGUAUACCGAUAUGGAUAUCGAAAUGGAAUCGGGCAGUGAUGAGUCAAACUACCAAUUCAAAGGACGGGCUGGCGGUCUCGCCUGGAUGGGACACCCUAGGUUCAAUGUCUGAACGUCGAACAACAGCUUCGGUCUCUAUUCUAUGUCGGCUGCUGCUGGUCACGUCGGUUCCAUUCGAUCCCGAGCUGAU